GGCGCCGGGGGACGAUGCUCAAGCUGAGCCGGAAGACGCGCUCGCUGCUGGCUCUGGCCUUGACCUCGCUGGCCCUCUGCUUCGCCGUGUCGGCCUUCGCCACCAGCUACUGGUGCGAGGGGACGCACAAGGUGGUCAAGCCGCCCUGCCUGUCGGCCAUCAGGCAGGGCAACUGCGUGCCCGCCGGGGCCAACGAGACGGAGGCCGGGAACGCCACCCUGGACCCCAACGUGGUGCAGUACAUCUGGGAGACGGGCGAGGACAAGUACGCCUUCCGCUACUUCCACACCGGCUUCUGGCUGUCCUGCGAGGAGCACCACGGAGACGAGAUCUGUCGCAGUUUCAUAGAGCUGCCCCCCGAGUCGGAGAAAGGGGUGCUGUGGCUGUCGGUGGCGUCGGAGUUCCUGUACAUCGUCCUGCUCAGCGUCGGCUUCGUGCUCAUGGGCCUGGACGCCACCUGCUACGCGGACUUCAUCGCGGGGCUCAAGAUCAACGCCUUCGCCGCGGUGAUCACCGUGCUGUCCGGCCUUCUGGGUAUGGUGGCCCACAUGAUGUACAUGACCGUCUUCCAGGUGGCCGUCAACCUGGGGCCCAAGGACUGGAGACCCCAGACCUGGUUCUACGGCUGGUCCUUCGGCAUGGCCUGGCUCUCGUUCACGCUCUGCAUGUCGGCCUCGGUGCUGACCCUCAACACCUACACCAAGACGCUGCUGGAGUUCCAGUACCGCCGGCGGAUCUGCGAGCAGCAGAGCCAGCGGGGGCCGCGCUCCCCCAGCCUGGCGCCCGACCUCGAGCGCUUCCUGUGGGACAAGUACGUCUUCAGCGUCAGCGACUCGCUGGACUUCUCCCCCGGCCGCUCCCGCCCCACCGCUGGGGGGCGCAAGGGCCGCGGGGGGGGCUACGCCGGCCUGGCCGGGGGGCGCUGCGGGGAUGCCGGCGACCCAGACGAUGGCGAGCCCUGCUAGGGACUGGGGGGAUCGACCCACACAAUCCCCCUCCUCCAUUCAUGCCCCCUUCCUCCUCCCCCUCCCCAAUCCAUGUCCCUUUCCCCUCCUCCCACAACCCCCUCCCCAAUGGGGAAACUGGGCAGGAGGCCGGGGCAGCCCCAGGCUCAGAGACCCCUAGUGGGGACACCGGGCGGUGCAGGCUGGGGCAGCCCCAGGGUCAGAGACCCCUAGUGGGGGCGCCGGGCGGCGCAGGCUGGGGCAGCCCCAGGGUCAGAGACCCCUAGUGGGGCCGCCGGGCGGCGCAGGCUGGGGCAGCCCCAGGGUCAGA